AUGAAUAACGAUGAAAAAGUUGAGUUAGUUUUAAUUUAUGGCGAAUGCCAAGGUAAUAUACUUCUAGUUGCUGGGACGUAUGCCGAACAACUCCCAGAAAGAUACCAACUACAUCAUAAUUAUGUUUAAGACUCUUACAAGGAUUAAAUGAAGAAGGAAGAUUUCCUGACAGACAAAUCAAUCAACAAAAGCGUAGAGCAAAUAUGUUUGACGAAGAUACAGAGUUACAGGUAAUAGCUUACAUACAAGCUAAUCCAUGUUCGUCAAUUAAACAUAUUGUUUUUGAAAUUGGAAGUUCAUAUGUUUAUGUCUAAAAAUUUUUUAAGAAAUACAAAAUGCACCCAUAUAAAAUCGACUUUGUCCAACAUUUGGGAGCAGCAGAUCCUAUCCGUAGAUUGGAAUUUAUAGCCUGGUUUAGUAUACAAUUUCAUAAUGAUCUUUUAAUUAUCAAUCAUAUUCUAUGCAGUGAUGAAUCAAAAUGUACCAAUAAUGGCAUUAUGAACAAACAAAAUUAUAGAUACUGGGCUGAUACAAACCCACACUGGUCACGUGAAACUAAUUUUCAAAUGGCGUGGGGAAUAAAUGUAUGGUGUGGGUUAGUUGGUGGAAAACUAGGACUUUUUUUUUAUGAAGGAACACUAAAUGAUAGACGUUAUAAGUUUUUAAUCAACGAACUAUCAAGAUUAUUGAAUGAUGUUCCAUUAGACACACGAGAACAAAUAGUUUUCUAA